UGCAUGUUACGUGGCAUGAAGUGUUGUGAAUUAUUUUAAUGUGACUUGUUUUGCGGAUUUUAAAAAUAUUUUUUUAUAAUAUUACUACCUAUAUUAAAGCAUGAAUCCACAAUAUUUACCCCCACCUGGGAUGGAAGUCCCUAAAUUUGGGGGAAAUCAAAACUUCGAAAAUAUUUCAUUAACUUCUUCACCUACUAGUAAUGCAGGAUAUCACCAAAAUGGUCAUUCAUUAGGACCUUCCGUACCUGGAUCUGUUAAAACUAUGGGUGGUUCUUCUGCACCUCCCUCACACAAAAUGUCUUCUGGAUAUCAAUCAUUAGGAAAUCCACCUCUACCAGAACAAAAAAUUAACUCACAGAUUAUGCCAGGAGAAGGUCCACCAUCUCACUUAAAUAAUGUUUAUGCUGCAACUUCGUUAGAUAACCCAGAGAGAUUUUCACAGACUCAAACUUCCAGUCAUGGUCAAGAAUAUAUUCCCAGUCAAAAUCCACCAACUCAUCAACCUUCUCUUAAUGGUCCACCCAUUCAAAAUAAUAAUUUUAUAAGCCCACCAUUAUUGCCAAACAGCUCGAUAAAUCCAGGAGUACAAUUUGCUGGUCCAAAAUCCACGCCAGUUCUAUCAAAUCAAUUUGAAAACAGUGGGCCACAAAAACAUCAAAAUCCACAUAUAUCAGGUCCAGUACCUCCUUUAAAUGCUAAACAAGUGCCACCUAUAGGUCAUCCGAAUCCUUUACCAGGACAAAUUAAUUCAUUUCAAGGUCCACCUUCGCAACUUCCAAAUAGAGUACCUCCAAUGUCACCUCCUCAAAUGCAACCACUACAUGCGUUAGGACCUCAAAAAUUUACUCAGCAUGCUGGUCCUAUACAUCCACCAGGCCAAUUACCUCCACAGCCUGAUCUGUCCAAUCAGAUGCAAGGCAUGAAUUUAAAUGGGCCAAAACCACAUCCAUACAUGCCACAAACAAUAAACCAGCCUAAUUACACAAAUCAAGGUGCCAGAAAUCAAUCUGGUUAUCCUCCCAUGCCUCAACAACCAGGUGGAUAUCCUCCACAACCAGCUGGAUACCCUCAACAACCAGCUGGAUACUCCCAACAUCCAGGUGGAUAUCCUCAACAACCUGCACAGCAGCAGAAAAGACUUGAUCCUGAUCAAAUGCCAAGUCCGAUUCAAGUAACUCAGGAUGAUCAGCGGACUAGAUCAGGCCCAUUUAUAACAAAUCAGAAAGGUUUAGUUCCUCCAUUAGUUACAACAAAAUUUGUAGUUCAAGAUCAGGGUAAUUCCAGUCCAAGGUUUAUCAGAUCAACAAUGUAUAAUGUACCUAUUACUCAGGACAUAAUGAAACAAACUGGUGUACCAUUUAGUUUAGUUAUUAGUCCAAUGGCAAGAUUAGAAGAAGGAGAAUACCCCCCACCAAUUGUUAACUUUGGUGAUGUUGGACCUGUAAGGUGCAUUAGAUGUAAAGCAUAUAUGUGCCCUUUUAUGCAAUUUAUAGAUUCGGGAAGAAGAUUUCAAUGCUUGUUUUGCAAAGCUACUACCGAUGUACCCGCCGAAUAUUUUCAACAUUUGGAUCAUACUGGUAACAGAAUGGAUAAAUAUGAACGGCCAGAAUUAGUACUUGGAACAUAUGAAUUUGUUGCCACAAAAGAUUAUUGUCGAAAUAAUGUGUUGCCACAACCUCCAGCUAUCAUUUUUAUAAUUGACGUUUCUUACAACAAUAUUAAAUCUGGCAUGGUGCAGUUGGUUUGCUCACAAAUGAAAGAAAUUAUUAAAAACUUGCCAGUAGACCAAGGGCAAGAAAAAAGCAAUAUGAGGGUUGGAUACAUUACAUAUAACAGUUCUGUUCAUUUUUAUAACAUUAAAGGCUCAUUAGCUGCUCCUCAAAUGAUGGUAGUAGGUGAUACACAAGAAAUGUUUAUGCCACUUUUGGAUGGAUUUUUAUCCACAGUUGAAGAAUCUGAAGCAGUCAUUGAUGCACUUAUGGAACAAAUUCCUGUAAUGUUUGCUGAUACUAAAGAAACAGAAAUUGUUCUUUUACCUGCCAUUUUAGCUGGAUUAGAAGCUUUGAAGGCCUCUAAUUGUGUUGGUAAGUUAAUGGUAUUCCACUCCACGCUACCGACAGCGGAAGCUCCUGGAAAAUUAAGGAAUAGGGAUGAUAGAAAACUAUUAGGGACUGACAAAGAAAGGACCGUUUUAAAUCCUCAAACACAAGCCUACAAUCAACUUGGGCAAGAUUGUGUGGCAGCAGGAUGUUCAGUGGACUUGUUUAUAUUCAAUAAUUCUUAUAUUGAUAUUUCUACAAUAAGUCAAGUUUCUAGACUUACUGGAGGAGAAAUAUUCAAGUAUACAUAUUUCCAGGCUGAUGUUGACGGUGAACGUUUAGUUAAAGAUAUAAUUAUGGAUAUUAGUAGACCAAUUGCAUUUGAUGGAGUUAUGAGAGUAAGAACGUCCACUGGUGUUCGACCAACAGAUUUUUAUGGAUAUUUUUAUAUGUCUAAUACUAGGGAUAUGGAGAUAGCAGCAAUAGAUUGUGAUAAAGGUGUGGCUAUUGAAAUAAAGCAUGACGAUAAACUAUCUGAAGAAGAAGGUGUAUAUAUACAAACCGCCUUGCUCUAUACUUCAUGUAGCGGCCAAAGACGAUUAAGAAUUUUAAAUCUGUCACUUAAAGCAUGCUCACAAAUGGCUGAUUUAUACAGAAGUUGUGAUCUAGACACCGUUAUCAACUAUAUAGCGAAGCAGUCUACAUAUAAGUUAUUAGAUAAUAAUCCAAAAGUUGUUAAAGAUACAAUAGUUAAUAGGGCAGCGCAAAUCUUGGCGACCUAUAGAAAGAAUUGUGCAACUCCAAGUAGUGCAGGACAAUUAAUUUUACCGGAAUGCAUGAAACUUUUGCCUCUAUAUGUAAAUUGCCUGCUGAAAAGUGAUGCAUUAUCUGGCGGAUCUGAUAUGUCAAUAGAUGAUAGGGCGUUUGCAAUGCAGUAUGUUUUAAUGAUGAAUGUUUCAACAUCUGUGAACUAUUUUUAUCCCCGCCUUAUACCAAUUCAUGAUAUAGAUGCUUCUAAAGAAAAAGUGGAAAUUCCAGCAUCUGUACGAUGCACAAUAGAAAAAAUUAAUGAUCAAGGAGUCUAUAUCUUAGAAAAUGGUUUAUACAUGUUUCUGUGGGUUGGACUUGGGGCAAGCCCUGAAUUUGUUCAAAAUGUCUUUGGCUGUCCAUCAGCAAUACAGAUUGAUAUUGAACAGCCAUUUUUACCAGAGUUAAACACACCUUUAUCGAUUGCCGUUCGAAACAUUAUUGAAGAAAUUAGAAUCCAAAGACAUAGAUGUUUAAGGUUAACCAUUGUGAGACAAAAAGAAAAGUUAGAACACGUAUUCAAGCACUUUUUGGUGGAAGAUAGAGGUAAUGACGGAUCUGCAAGUUAUGUCGACUUUCUCUGUCAUAUGCAUAAAGAAAUUCGAAGUUUAUUAAGCUAGCAAAUAAAUAAGUAAUUACGUAUUGUGAAUAAUGAGAUGGACAUAUUGUAUGUAUUGCAAACAUCAUGGUGUAUUUUUGUUUAAUUUUAUUUUCUAAAGAAAUUAUUAAACUCAAUAUGUAUUUUACUGUAUUUUGUGGUUUGUUAUCUAAAUAACAAAAAAUAAUUACUUUGUUAUAUUAAAGUUGUAAGUUAUUCUGUAUAAUUAUAUUUAAUUGUAAUGUAGAUUUGUUUUAAUGGUUAAUUUUUGUAUUUAUAUAUUUUAUUAAUAUGCAUUCAUCAAAUUUUAGUCUAAUUUAAUAUUAAAGUGAAUUAUUAC